AUGGCUUCCUAUAUCCUGCAGCCCCCGGGAACCGACGUGGCCCGCAUCAGCUGGCACCUCCGUGACUUAAUCACCCGCUACCAGGAGACCUUCAACGUCAUCGAGAAGUGCACCAAGCCGGUGAUCGCCGCCAUCCACGGGGGCUGCAUUGGCGGAGGCAUGGCCCUCAUCACCGCCUGUGACAUCCGGUACUGUGCCCAGGAUGCUUUCUUCCAGGUGAAGGAGGUGGACGUGGGCUUGGCUGCCGACGUCGGGACGCU